AUGCCCUCGUCGACUCGUCAACCUAAGAAGAACCGGCGGCUCAACAUCUUCAACGCCAUCGCCGGAUCUCUGUGCUGCUGGAGACGAGAUGUGCGCCCGAUGCCCGUCGCUCUCGAGAAGGGCAGCGAGGAGCCCCGCCGUGCAACGGCUGAAAGCUGGUUUCUCAAGCUGCCGCCCAAGGAUCUCCAUCGCGACGUCGUCGUCAAGCAGUUCUUCAACAGCUUGAGCGGCUUCUUCUCCCGACGUGAAAGGCAGUGUAAAGCACGGCCGGAAGCGGAUGAGGAGAAGAAGCUCGGGCUGGAGAAGGACAGCAGCGACAAGGAGGAAGAUGAUGAGCCGAGGAGGAGAAGUCCCUGGGCUGACGAAGAACUGCUUGAGGUCGGCGGCCUGUUGAAGCCGAGUGCCGCGCUUCCGGUCAUUGUAGAAGAUGAC